AUGGAAUCAAACUUAGAUACAAUUUCAGACAACACAAAACAAUUAAGAACUCAUUUUGAAAAAGUUUGUGAAGAUAUUAUCUCGAAACUUAAUGAAUAUAUUGAUUAUAUCCGAACCACUGAAGAGUUGUAUGAUCAAGCAAUACAAUUCAAUGAUGAUUUAGAAAAUAAACUCGUGAAUGCAUUUAAUAAAGAAAACAAAUGGAAAGAUAUUAAACUCAAACUAUCAGCAACAUCAAUUAAAGGGAAAGUUAUACUUGAUGUUGGCGGUGUAAAACAUACUACAAAUGUUGAUAUAUUAACACGUGAGCAAAAUACUUUCUUCGCUGCACUCUUCUCAGGACGAUGGGAACUUCAAAUAGAUCCUAAUGAUAAUAGUAUCUUCAUUGAUCGAAAUGGAGAGUUGUUUCGUCAUAUUCUAGAAUAUUUAAGAACGGACAGCAUACCCAAUGAUGUUAUGACUAAUGAACCACUUCGUCAACUUCUUAUUAUUGAAGCAGAAUACUUUUGUAUACAUAAUCUAAUUCAUAUACUAACAGAACCUGAACGGAAACGUCAAGAAGAAGAGCGCUUGCGUAUUGAGAAUACUUUUCCAAAUGGAACAUUACUUCAGCCAGAACAUAAAGUGAAACUUAAUGAGUUUUAUGGUAAGAGUAAUCAAAAAUGGGAACUUAUAUACAAAGCAACGCGUGAUGGAUUUCGUGCUAAGGCAUUUCAUUCAUGGUGUGAUUAUAAUGGGCCAACAAUGACAAUUAUUCAAUCAAACAAUAACUAUAUAUUUGGAGGUUAUACAAGUGUUUCGUGGACUUCAGCUGGACAGUGCAGAAAUGAUGGAGAAGCAUUUUUGUUCACAUUAAAAAAUCCUUACAAUAUUUCACCUACAAAAUAUACUAUCAAGUUUGACCGCGUAGCAAAUGCCAUUUAUGAUCAUAAUGGCUAUGGGCCUAUAUUUGGCAGUGGUCACGACAUUAUCAUAUCAGAUAAUAGUAACAGCAAUAAUUCUAGCUAUAGUAAUUUUUCUCAAUCGUAUAAUGAUACAACGGGCUACGGUAAAAAUACGUUCACAGGCGCUCUGAAGUUUACUUCAUCUGAGAUUGAAGUAUAUAAAUUAGCUUAG